GAAGAUCUUUAUGAUCUAAUGGCAUUUCCACAGAUUGAGUCUGUGUGUUUAAGUUUUAAAACUUUUUUUUUUAACUAGGGAAAUAGAAUAUAAAUCAGUUUAUUUUCUGCCACCAGAGAAAAGAACAUUUAUUUAUGUGUGUAUGUCUUUCUGUAUAUAUGAUUGUUUGUUUUCUUUAGAUGUAGAGACCAGGUUUGAAGUGAAUGAGAGGACUACAAAGCUGAGGAUUUUUGUGGAAGAAUCUGGCCAGCAAAGAUUCAUGAGUGAUGGUCCCUCUGACUUCAGUUUGAGAAAAAUCUGUAACUCUAAUAUCACGGAAGAUAAAAAUCCAAAGAGUGACCAUGAAGUUGAUGAAAUUGGAAAGGAAGUCAAUCAGUCUUCAGUUCUAAAUCACCAUAACAAAAAGACCUCAGGGAAUGACUGUUUUCAGGGUAGUGAAUCUAGCAAAUGCUUUAAUGAAGAGAGAGAGCCUUUCCAGUCCCAUGAGAAGCCUUCUGAAAUACAGAUAUAUCAAGCUAAUCAACAAGAAAUGGCCUUCACCUCAAGUUCAGACCUCAUUAGACAUCAAAAAAGUUUUACUGGAGAAAUGCUUUGUGUAAGUAAUAAAAGUGGCAAAGAUUUCAAGGAAAACUCUAAGCUCAUGGAUCAUCAGAAAUCUCAUGUUACAAAGGUGCCUUAUGAAAAAAAUAAAUGUGAAGCAACCUUAUCCCAUCACUCAUCUCUUCCUCACCAUCCUAGAACUCAUACUGAACUGAGAACAUAUGUAUGUAAACAAUGUGGGAAAGUCUUUGGUCAGAACUCAGAUCUAGUACACCAGAAAAUUCAUACCGGAGAGAAGUUUUAUAAAUGCAAUGAAUGUGGGAAGGGUUCCAACAACACAUCACUCCUUACUGGUCAACAGAAAAUUUACACUGGAGAGAAAACCCAUAAGUGUGAUCAGUGUGGAAGAGCUUUCAGAUACAGCUCCAGUCUUGUUUUACAUGAGAUGAUCCAUAAUGGAGAAAAGCCCUUUGAAUGUAAUCAGCGUGGAAAGACUCUCACCGAGAGGGCCAAUCUUGCUAAACAGAAAACCCAGACUGGAGAGAAACAUUUUAAAUGUAAUCAGUGUGGAAAUGCUUUUACCCAUAAGGGCCAUCUUACUUUACAUCAGAGGAUCCACAUUGGAGAAAAACCUUGUGAAAGUGAGGAAAUUGAAAAGAUUUUCACACCGAGGGCCCAUCUUGCUUCACAUACAAGAGUUAACACUGGAGAGAAACUUUAUGAAUGUAAACAAUGUGGAAAGGCUUUCAGGUGCCGAUCCCGUCUUACUGAUCAUGAGAAAACCCACACUGGAGAGAAACCUUACGAAUGUAAUCAGUGUGGAAAGGCUUUUACACAGAGCUCCAAUCUUGCUGUACAUCAGAGAAUCCACACUGGAGAGAAACCAUUUGAAUGUAAACAGUGUGGAAAGGCUUUCAGAUACAGCUCCAGCCUUGCUAAACAUCAGGGAAUCCACACUGGGGAGAAACCUCAUGAAUGUAAUCAGUGUGGAAAGGCUUUCAGAAUUAGCUCCAGCCUUGCUACCCAUCAGAGAAUCCACACUGGAGAGAAACCUUAUGAAUGUACUCAUUGUGGAAAGGCUUUCAGAAUUGGUUCCAGUCUUGCUAAACAUCAGAGAAUCCACACUGGAGAGAAAGUUUAUGAAUGUAAUCAGUGUGGAAAGGCUUUCACACAGAAUUCACAUCUUGCUGCACAUCAGAGAAUUCACACUGGAGAGAAACCUUUUGAAUGUAAACUCUGUGGAAAGGCUUUCAGAUCCAACUCCAGUCUAACGGAUCACCAAAAAAUCCAUAAUAAGGACAAACUUUAUGAAUGUAAUCAAUGUGGAAAACCUUUUACAAAGAGCUCCAGUCUUGCUGUACAUCAGAGAAUCCACACUGGGGAGAAACCAUAUGAAUGUAAUCAGUGUGGAAAAGCUUUUACACAGAGAAACCAUCUUUCUGUACAUCAGAGAAUCCACACUGGAGAGAAACCUUAUGAAUGCAAUCAGUGUGGAAAAGCUUUCAGAAUCAGCUGCAGUCUUGCUAAACAUCAGCGAAUCCACACUGGGGAGAAACCUUAUGAAUGUGAUCAAUGUGGAAAGGCUUUCACACAGAGGGCCAAUUUUGCUAAACAUCAGAGAAUUCACACUGGAGAAAAACCUUAUGAAUGUAAUCAAUGUGGAAAGGCUUUCACAAAGAGCUCCAGUCUUGCUAUACAUAAAAUAAUCCACACUGGAGACAAACCCUAUGUAUGCAGUCUGUGUGGAAAAGCUUUUGAAAAAAAUUCCAGUCUUGCUGCCCAUCAGAGAAUCCACUCUGGAGAAAAGCCUUAGAAAUGUAAUCAGUAUGGAAAGGUUUUUAGAAUCAGCUGUGGUCUUGAUAAAUAUCAGAGAAUCCAUAUUGGGGAGAAACCUUAUGAAUGUAAUCAGUGUGGAAAGGCUUUCACCCAGAGGGCCACUUUUGCUAAAUAUCAAAGAAUCUGUUUUAGAGAGAAACCUUACAAAUGUAAUUAAUAUAUUAAUGUCUUCAAGCAACAGUCAUCUGUUAUUUUCCUUUUGAGAAUUCAUAUUUAAUAGAAAUCUUGUCACCACCAUGUAUGAGAAAUGGCAUUCAAAUGGUAUUCAAAACCUGUUUGGUAUUAGAAAAUUCAUUCUGAUAAACACCUAUGUAUGGAUUCCAUAUAGGAAGGCUUUCAGCCAGACAACCUCUCUGUUUUAUAAUACCAGAUUCAUUGUAGAGAGAAGCCUUAUUCAUAAAGGAAUGAUAACAUAUAAAAGCAGUGGUUAUGGGAAAGGCUUCACGUAGGGGUCAUGCUUGACCAUACAUUGGAGAAUCAUGCUGAAGAUAAAACUUAUGGAUCUUAUUAACAAGAGAAAGACUUAGACUUCUCAACAGAAGAGACCUCAACAGAUUCCAUACUGUGCAUAGAAACCUAAAAGUGCAAUGAAUUUUUCUCUGAAAUCCUAAUAUUUAACUUUACUUUUCAAUAUUUUCUGGCAUUCAUACCCUGUAAUUUCUUUAGCCAUUACCCAAUUAAUUGGUACUCACUUUGUUUCCUAUUGUUUGCCGGCAUGAAGAGUCCUUGUAUAAAUGUUUUGGUAACUGUUGGACAUUAAUUUCUCUCAUGCUUUCUUUAAGCAAUUAGGCGACCCAGUGGAUGAAAUGCUGGGCUUUGAGCUACAAGACCUGAAUUCAAGUUCAAAUUUUUGGCACUUACUAGUGGUAAACUGGUCCUUGAUCAAGUCAAGUAACCUUUAUCUAAGUUUCCCUUUGUAGGGACUUUGUUUUGCUCAGUUUUAGCCAACUGAUUUUACCAUUCCUUGGAUCAUAAGACUCAUCUGGGAGAGGGCAUAUCAAUGGGAAAGAAAAUAAAUAUAAUAAUUAAAAAAUAAAAGCUUAAGCAAAAAUGCUCUAAGUCAGUAAUUAGAUAAAUGCAAAUUAAAUCAACUCUCAGACUCCAUCUCAUCUGUAUGCAGUUGACAAAGAAAAAGAAAAAAAAAGCACAGGAAGGACUAUAAAUAGACACAUUAAUUUAUUGUUGGUACAGUGGAGAAGGCUUCCACCAAAUCAUGAAAUUAGGUAUGCUUUCUGAUUCAUUGAUACCACUAGAUGGCGUGUUCUCUUAAAGGAAAAGGAUUCAAAUAAACCCAAAAUAAUGACACCAGCUCCUUCUGUCAGGUUAAGAACUGGAAAAUAAGAUGUGAUGUCCUAUAAUAGGGCAGUAGCUGAACAAAUUUUGGUUUGUGAAUGUUAUGGAGCAAUAAUAUGCCUCAAAGCAGUCAAUUUUCAGUGAAAACAGGAAGAUUAACAUGGAUUAAGGCAGACUAUAGAGAGUAAUUGCUAACAAUUACAGUAAUAGUUCUGAAGGCCAACAACUUGGCAAGAUGUCACUCCUUUUAUGAUUGUGUUCUGUACUAGAGACUUAUCAGAAUAUGUGAAACUUGUCUCUCCCAAGAGGGGCUGCAUACUAUAUAUAGAAUAAAAAGUAUAUUUUGGGAAAGGGACAUAGUGUGGGAAUUUGUUUUCCUUCUCUAUGUGAUUUCAUUAGCAAUGUUUUAAUUGUUGACUUUUUUCACUUUUGGGUAGGAGUGGAUAGCAGUGUAAGGGGGAUUAGGAAUAGGAUUGACCUUUCUAUACCAUUUAUGUGCCAAAGUAAUGAAGGAAAUUGAUGGAUUGUAAUAAUAUGCACAAUAGAAAAGAAGGAAUGAGAACAAAUCUGAAAGUGCCAUGUUGAACUUUUUAUUACUCAAAAAUAAAGUCAUGUUAUGCAUAUUAGAACUUGUUUUAUAUAAAGUCUUUCCCCCUUCUAUUUUAUGUUGUUUUCAAGAUAUUUGUUUUAUUUCAUGUUUGUGAAUUUCAAAAUUAAAAAAAAUAAAAUAUUGAUAGUUUUUUCCAUUCUCAAUUUUGAAAUGGCAAAAUUAUUUUCAAAUGACUUUCUUUUUGUUAGUGCUGUAGAACACAUGUCAUUUAUGGUUAUCGAGAUUUUGGAAAACUCUCAUGACUCAUCUAUUGAAGGGUAGCUCUUGCUACUCUUGAGUGUCAGUUUUCUUCAUAUCUUGAAUAUAAAUGACUUUUCCUGUUCAUUUUUCCUGUAAUAUUUUAUAUAUUCUCCACUCUAUCAUUUCUUUUUAAUUUGACUUUUAUUUAUUUUAUUUAAACAUUUAAAUUUUAUGUAUUUGGAAUUAGCUGAGUUUUUUUUUUUUAAAUCUUCAUCAGUGAAGGAAAUAGUCAUCUUCUUUUCUUUUAUUAACUAGGUUUUCAAAAAAAUUUAUAUUUUGGCUCAGAAAUUCUUCUAGCCAGUUGUUAAAAGUGCUUGAAUGUUUUCUUUUUUUAAAAUUUUUUUUCACCAGUAAAAAUUCCAUGUGCCUCUGCCACCCACAACUCCCAUUAUAAAUAUGUAUAAUUGAGAAUAAAAGUUCCUGCAUUGUCCUUUCCCAAAAAUAUAUAUUUGUAAAAUUUCUAUGUGAUGUUAAAAUAUGUAUAUUCUUGAGCAGUUCUUAUUUAGAAAACGCUGUAAGUCUUUUUUGUUCUAGUCUCGAGGGGAUAUUGUUCAAGUCUCAUUUUCUUUUUACUUAUUUUUCUGUGAAAUUGAGCUGGGGACAUUGAAAUAUUGUCAUUUUGCUACAAAGUCUUAUAGUGCAGUUAAUGUUCCUUUUAUAAAAUGAAUUGUUAAGCAAUUUUAGUAGUGCUAUUGGUUGGUUAUCUAUAGUUCUUUUUAUUCUGAUGUAAUUGCUUAUUUCUUUCCAUGUUUUUAAUGAUUGUUUCUGCUUAUUGUGAUAGCAUGAUUAAAACAGCUGUUUUUGGAUUUAC